CUCCCGUCUGUCUCUCUCUUUGUUGUGAGUACAGGACAGCAAAGUUUGCUGCUCCCCACCAGCCUUGCAGUGUUUGGGCUCAACUCUAGGAAAGCAGCAGAGAGAAACUUAGAGAAACUAGGAGAAACUUAGUUCAAACUUUACCUGGAGUCCUUGGUCUCCCUCUCUUCUCAAAUCAAGAAAGAGGGAGACAUUUCCCACCCUUUGCUGCACUCUAAGGGUGCCCCUAUGAAGGCAAUUUGCUGGAUCCUGGCAGGUUUUUACCUGCUUUUCUGCUGCAAGGCAGAAGAGGGACUGAACUUCCCUACUUACGAUGGGAAAGACCGAGUGAUCGACCUGAACGAGAAGAAUUACAAGCAGGCACUGAAGAAGUAUGACAUGCUCUGCCUGCUCUUCCAUGAGCCUGUGAGCUCCGACAAGGUCUCCCAGAAGCAGUUCCAGAUGACAGAGAUGGUGCUGGAGCUGGCAGCUCAAGUCCUGGAGCCCAGGAGCAUUGGCUUUGGGAUGGUGGACUCCAAGAAGGAUGCCAAGCUUGCCAAAAAGUUAGGCUUGCUUGAAGAGGGAAGUCUCUAUGUCUUUAAGGACGAGCGGUUGGUUGAAUUUGAUGGGGAACUGUCUGCAGAUGUCUUGGUGGAAUUCCUCUUGGAUUUGCUGGAAGACCCUGUGGAGAUCAUCAACAGCAAGCUGGAGCUUCAGGCCUUUGACCAGAUCGACGACGAAAUCAAACUCAUCGGCUACUUCAAGGGAGAAGACUCAGAACAUUUCAAGGCAUUUGAAGAAGCUGCUGAACAAUUCCAGCCCUACGUCAAGUUCUUUGCCACCUUUGACAAAGGGGUUGCCAAGAAGCUUGGCCUAAAGAUGAAUGAGGUGGACUUCUAUGAACCCUUUAUGGAUGAGCCUGUUCACAUCCCUGAUAAGCCUUACUCAGAAGAGGAGCUGGUUGAUUUUGUGAGAGAGCACCGAAGGGCCACCUUGAGGAAGCUGCGCCCCGAGGACAUGUUUGAGACGUGGGAGGAUGACAUGGAGGGUAUUCACAUCGUAGCCUUUGCUGAAGAAGAUGACCCAGAUGGUUUUGAGUUCCUGGAAAUCCUGAAGCAGGUUGCCAGGGACAACACCGAUAAUCCCGACCUGAGCAUUGUCUGGAUUGACCCUGACGACUUUCCUUUGCUCAUCACUUACUGGGAGAAGACCUUCAAGAUCGACCUGUUCAGACCACAGAUCGGGGUGGUGAACGUCACAGAUGCUGACAGCGUCUGGAUGGACAUCAGAGAUGAUGACGACCUGCCCACAGCCGAGGAGCUGGAGGACUGGAUAGAGGACGUGCUUUCUGGGAAGAUAAACACCGAGGAUGAUGACGACGAUGAAGACGACGACGAUGAUGAUGAUGACGAUGAUGACGACGAUGACGAUGAUGACGACGACGAUGACGACGAUGAUGAUGACGACGACUAACUGUGACUCUGUGCAGUUUGACUUGUGGGGCCCGAGAGCCCCGGCCCUGCGGCAGGUCCCUCCAUCGGAAGACCUUUGUUUGAGCAUCAGCAAGCACCGCUGCUCCUCUCUUCCCCCAGCCCCGCUCCCCUGUCCUCGCCCUUGCCGGGAGCCCCUGGCCUGAUUCCCAGCGGUGCUGAGCCCCGGGGCUGCCCCUGCGGAGGGCAGCGCCUGCGGGCGCCCAGCACCGCUGGGAAUCACGCCUCCUUAGCAAGGACUGCAGGAACCUGCAGGGAAUCUGCCCCAGUGUCCCAGGGCAGGAGAAAAGUGCCUGCCUGCUUGCUGCCAGAGGGACGCAGGGAGCCAGUUUGUAUUUUCUGUGUUCAUCAGCCCAGCACUUAACAUCCAAAGACCAAAUCUCACUUCAAGACAUAGGGAAAACCCUAACUGUAAAGUCUAGCCCUUUUAUUAAACACGAUGCCCUUUGCAGCUACUCUGCCAAGACCACUCAAUCCUGCAAGUUCUGCUGUGGGAGUCUUUAGCUACUCCCUAACGUGCUAAGAGCCAGAAAAAUGC